AUAGAAACUUCCAAGAUGGCCGAGUCCGUGGACUCCAUGCAUUUCGCAGCAAACAGCAAAACAAAUUCCCCUAAACCCCUGAUAGCCAAGCGGCCGCCGGAGAGCCGACCUCAGUCUUCCAGCGACAUCUACCCGCCGCCCCCCAAGAAGGUCCGGGUGGAGGAGAAGGGCCUGAAGCACCGGAGAGUGAACGGAGAGGUGUGCGCAGGGGAAAAACACAACGGGAAGCAGAGUUGUGGAAGCCCAGCGAAAUGGAGUUUCGGCCCGGCCAAGGCGAGCCACUCUGCCGCCGCCGCGGGGCCAGCGACCCCCGCUCGGAAGAUCUUCAAAAUCAGCAACUUCCUCGCCGUGCCCGUGAAAGUGAAGAAGGCGAAAGAGAAGCGACACCGGGAGAAGGAGAAGGGCGACGAAGCGCAGCGGAGCUCCCCCGCGGGUGUGGAGCGACUGAGCCCAGCUAGCUGCCAUACAAAGACCGAGAACGGCGACGUGAAAUCGCUCCAGAGAGAUCACCGAGUGAAGGAGAAGGACAGAGACACGAAGAAGAGUAAAGAGUGGAAACAUCACCAAGUGCCUCCUGCACAGGACAUCAGCCGGGAGAACGGAGAGGGGGCUUCUCCACUGAAAGAGCCUGAGGAGAAGCCCAACGCUGGUUCCGAGGAGGACCUCCUGCUGAAGAAACUCAAGAAGAAGAAGAAAAAGAAGCACAAAGACGGGGAGCGGGGGAAGGAGCGCUACAGCCGACCCAAAAUGUACCAUCGCUCAUGCCAGACGGUUUGUUCAGGAGUGUCCCUGGGUCUGCCCGAGUUCCUCAGUCGAAUCAAUGGGAACAACAACAACAGCAGCAGCAGCGACGGCAGCAGCCACCUCCACGCCACCGCUGCUCCACAACAACACUACCAGGACCCUGCCGCUACCUCCGCCUCCAUCUCCACCAUGGUCAGGGACCGGCUUGGCUACAACUCGCCGCUCCACUGCACCCCGGCGCCGGGCCUGUCCGGUCUGGAGUUCAGUCACCUGAUCCAAGUCGAGCAGCAGGCCAACGGGGGAGCGUCUGUGGCGCACGCCUACAGCGAGCAGCUCGCCGCUCUGUCCCCGGCCGAGAUGCAGCGCUUCGCUCAGGAGUUUGUGACCCUGUCGUUCAGCGAGGACGAGGGCCAAGCGGCCUCGUUCGUGAUGGGCAUCAUUCACGGAGCAGCGUCCUACCUCCCAGACUUCCUGGACUACUUCUCCUACAAGUUCCCCAACGCUCCGGUGAAGAUGGAGGUGCUCGGGAAGAAGGACAUAGAGACGACAACCAUGCUCAACUUCCAUUCUCAGGUGAAGCGGACAUACUCCCAGGGAACAUACCGUGCCGGGGCCAUGAGGCAGGUCAGUCUGGUCGGAGCUGUGGAUGAGGAGGUCGGAGACUACUUCCCAGAGUUCAUCAACAUGUUAGAAGAAUCUCCCUUCCUGGAGCGGACUCUGCCCUGGGGAACAUUCUCCAGUCUGCGGCUGCAGAGCCCCACUGAGAGCGACGACGGCCCCAUCAUGUGGGUCCGACCCGGGGAGCAGAUGAUCCCGUUGGCAGACAUGCCGAAGUCGCCCUUCAAAAGGAAAAGGUCCACCAACGAGAUAAAGAACCUGCAGUAUCUACCCAGAGCCAGUGAGCCCCGGGAGAUGCUGUUCGAGGAUCGUACAAGAGCGCACGCGGAUCACAUCGGUCAAGGGUUUGAGAGACAGACGACUGCUGCUGUAGGAGUGCUGAAGGCUGUGCGCUGCGGAGAGGAGAGUGACAUCCCUUCCCGGAUCACCAAAGAUGUUGUGUGUUUCCACGCCGGAGAUUUCCCAGAAGUGGUCAUGAGGCUGCAGCUGGAUCUCCAUGAACCCCCGCUGUCUCAGUGUGUUCAGUGGAUUGAUGACGCCAAGCUGAACCAGCUCCGGAGGGAGGGGAUCCGAUACGCCCGCAUCCAACUUUACCACGAUGACAUCUACUUCAUCCCCAGAGGAGUCGUCCACCAGUUCAAGACGGUGUCUGCUGUCUGCAGCUUGGCCUGGCACAUCCGACUCAAACAGUAUCACCAACACGAAGAGAAGGAGGAAGAGGUGAAGAAGGAAGAGAAGCGUGCCCAUAGGGACAUCACGCUUCAUAUCAAGGAGGAGGAAGACGAGGAAGACGAGGAGGACGAGGAAGACGAGGAGGAGGACGAUGAGGACGAGGAGGUGGAAGAGAAGGAGUGUGACCCUGCUGUAAAGGCUGUGAUCAAGCUGGAGCAAGAGGUCAUCGAAGGAGGGGAGAGGCCGCCCUCACAUAUGCCACGACAGAUUUUCAAGGAGGAAGAGAAAGAGAACGGCACCGAGAUGAAGGAGCUGGCAACGACACAGUCUGUUCACUUUGUAAAGAAGGAGAGAGACGAAGCUGUUCUCACUCAUACACUAAUGGACCCUAAAGCUGAGGAGGAUGAGAAAGAGGGGGGGAAGGGAGGGGAAGAUAGUAGUGCAUACACAUGCCAGACACCACAGAAAGGCCAUGAGGGUGGAGGGGACAGUACACCCUUAAAAUCACUACAGCAAAUUAGGAAGGAGAACAAUGUGGAGGAAGAGAGGCCGCAAAAGACGACUCUGCCAGGUCAAAGUCUAAAAGAGAAAACUAAAGAUAAUAUAACGACCACUAAUAACACACCGAUCAAAAAGGAAAAGGUAAAACGAGAGAGAGAUGAAAAGGAAAGGGCUAAAGAGAAGGAGAGGAAGGAUAAGGAUAGAAAUAAAGAGAAGGAGAGGGAUAAAAAGGACAGGCCGAAAGACAAGGAUAGAGAGAGGGAGAGGGUGAGAGAGCAUGAGAAAGUGAAGGCCGAGGCGGGAAGAGAGGGAAACACAUCGACACAGCUUGUGCCACAGAUGAGGAAAAAGGAGGAUGAGGAGCGGACAAGAGAGGGCAGCAAAGCCUCUCAAACUUCCCUGCAUGUUCAGAAAGAUGAGAAGUGGGCCAAGGAGUGGGACUCGAAGACGCAGGCCAAUGUCAGGAGAGAGAAGGAGCACGAGAAAGACAGGGGAGGUGCACACGCGGCAUCUCACACGAGGCCAGACAGGGAGGAGGCUCGAGACGCCUGCUCGCAUAAACACAAGUCUUCACACGGGAAGAAGGAGAAGAGCGGGCACAGGGAGGGCAAGGAGAGCAACAUGUCGAGUGGGCAGGCGAAGUCGGGGAGAGAAGACGGGAAGACGGGCCCUCCCAAACCUGCCAACAUUCAGGUUAAGAAAGAAGGAAAGAAGGAUAAAGACGUCGGCAGUAAAGACGAGAGGAAGAAACCGCCGGAACACAAACCACGAACACUCAUCACCUUUGACCUCUUUAAGCCGAUGGAUGCUCACCAAACUUUCGCCCUUUCCUUCACAGACAGUCGGCCUAAGGCGCACCACCACAGUGACUCUCGAGGCUCUUCCUCUAAGCCUGGAUCUGACAGUCGGACACUUGUGCCCUCUAAAGGAGCCAGAGUAAAGGACUCAGUGCAGGGGAAACCUGCCCCGCCCCUACAGGACACUCGGCCCCAGCAGCACUUGUUAAAACAUCCCCUGAAAACACACACGCCCCAAACAGAGAAAGACUUCUUACUAUGAAUGUCUCGGUGUCUUCUAUUUUUACUGUGCAACGUAUGCUGCGGCUUUGUUAAAAUAUUUGCAACUGUAUCCUUCCUUUAGACACGGACUGGUCUUUCUAAUUUGUAAUUAGACGAGCAGGUGCAUUCCAUUUCUUUGCUGACACGGCCAAAUUUCUCCGGUAGCGAAACGUGGAUGCACCCCCCCCCCCCAAGUAUUUUAACAGUGCCUAAGAAUGUAAGCUAAGUAGCUCACUUCACGUUUGUUAGCGAAUGUAUGUAGGCUCUAUACAAAUUGUAAUGUGACCCGUGCGUCGGUGCCUGUGCACUACUUAGCUUCGCUCUUAAAGCACCUAUUUUAGGUACUGGACUAGCCAAUCUGAAAACAACCAGUCUCACUCCCUGCUGUAGGAAUCGUGUGUGUUCACCAGUUGAGACAGAAUGCCAGUGAAAUCCUCUCUGCCAUGUUGCUUUAGACGAUGGAGUUUGUUGUUUCCAACUCUCCAAAAGCGGAGGAGGUAGUUGUUUUCAGACUGGUCUCUGACUCACACAGGGCUGUAAAUGAUACUGUAUGUACCAAAACUGUACAGUAUAGAUGUUAUUAGCACCUAUGUGAGAAAAUGUAUACAGAAAUUGCAUAUAUUUUUUGUAAAACAAGUUUUAUUUUCCAUAGAACUUAUUUAUAUUAUUUACUGUCUGUUUUUAUUUGAAACCAAUGUAUGUGAAAAUUUUGUUGUAAAUACAUUUUAUUUCCUAAGAUAAGACUUGGUAGUGUGAUUUAUACUCUGAUCAGAACCUCUCAAUAAAUGGUUCAAAAAUA